GAGACAAUAACGACAUCAUACACUAUACAAUAGAAGUUUGAAAAGUUUUUAGUAGAAGAAAGAAUUGAGGAUGAGUAAGCUAGCAGUAACAAGUAUCAUCAGUAUCUGUAUGUUAUAUCUCAUAUCAGCACUACCAGUUGAUUUAGCAAGAGAUAAUGAACUAGAUUUAAGCUAUGAUGAUAUACCAAAUUUUGGAUCUCCACUUCUGACCAAAUUAUAUUUAAAUUAUCUUUUAAGAGAUAAUUCCUUUUCACCAAGAUCCUCUCAACAAACUCUUUCAAAACGUGGAAUAGGACCCUGUAUAAACAACUGUUUAAAAGCUGGAGGAAGAAUGAAUUUUAUCCAAUGUAAAUCUAUGUGCCACUGGAUUGACUCAAAAGGAUUUGAAAAUCGACUAAGUUUUCCUCUUAUCGAAGAUGACCAGUUAAAUGACGAAACAGCGUCAAGAAAUAUAUUGUCCAGUUGAUAUUUUAUCUAUAAUUAACUAUACUUGCUUUAAUUUUAACUUGCGAAUAAAAGAAAUGUUGGUGAAGAUGUGAACUGAAUUGAUAUUUUAUUGUAUUGUGUGAUAAUAUAAUA